GAGCCGAAGAGCGGUGCGGUGUGGUUAAGCCGUCUUGCCGAUCGCCGCCAGUGGCUUGCUCGGUGCCUUGGGUGCCUGCGUGGUAUUAGGGAGCCCACUCCGGCAACAGUCCCUCUUGUCUUUUUCUCAUCAACUCUCCGUCCAGUCCAAGUGUCUGUCUCAUUAAAAAAAAAAACAACACACCAGCUUCCCUUAUAAAAAAGCUCCACCGAAAGUUUAACAACCCCCCACAUAGUCAAUUUAAUUAGAAUUAAAUAAAUAAACAAAAUUAUAAACGAAUGAACGAAUAGCGAAUGAGGAGUCAUUUCAAUAGACGAGAGAAAAGAAAAUAAAGUGGCAGUGGAGGCUCUUCUCUCCGCCCGUUCUCCGGACUUCUACGAAGUGAGUUUUUUUUUUUUCCAACGUCCGGCCUCUCGGCAGUGUCAGUACGCAACUCAAGAAUCCGGAGAUUAAAAAAAAAAACAUUACAAACAAAUGCGGAUGAAUGAUGACUGCUAACGUGAAAAAUCAGUGAAUUAUCAUUGCACCCCGAGGAGUGGUUCUUGAAAGUGGUUGACACGUAUAAUAACUCAAGUGGGGGGAGAGAAAAUAAGCCCCCCCCCCUGGCUCUCCCCUACUCUAACAUUUCAAAGUGGUAUCAUAACUACGAGGUGUGCUGCAAGACCCGGAAAACCGUACACACUCGGGUGUGAUGGUGGGGGAGGUGAAAUACCAUUGCCAAUAACAAUAUAAAAUUAUCAACUAAAUAGGAAUGAUAAUUUUCAACUACCCCUGAAGUGAUGGUCACUGGAGAAAUGAUUGAAACGUAAGAUUAAAAUUUAACUAUUGGUAGACUUAACGAACAAUUGAUUGGGCGAAUAACUAAGUUGACUAGUGAAUGCCAGGGAGAAGACGUAAAGUUGAAAUUGCGGACUCGGAAAAAUACAAACAAAAGGAAAAUACAAGAGCGAGGGAGAGGAGAGAGAGAGAGCGAUAAAAGAGUUACGGGAGGUGUAUCGUGGGGCUAGUGACGCGACUGGGCAGCACCACCAGUUGGAAGAAAAAAGAAAAAUAAUAAGAGUGAGACAGUGAAGACCAGUCUGUCCGAGAGACACUGAAUGCCGUAUACAAGCGGGUGCAACUGAGACGGGUUUAUUUAUUGUAAAAACGAGGGAAUUGAGAGAGUGGAUAAGACUGUAGAGUCGCUGAGGUACGUAUAUUUACGUACCACAUGGUACAAUACGAGUGAGUGCCCGGUGUACAGUAAGUACGAUCGCAAAACGUAAAUUACGAGUUUACUAGACUUGUCGACUUGUAGUUUUGGAAGUAAUCGGUUAAUCGUUCAUCAAAAUUUCGUCAUUUUUCCCCGACAAUAUUACCGUUACUGAGGGAUAUUCGUCGAUUCAUUUGGCCACAUUUUGGGAUUAAAUAAUCGACAAUUAUUGGACAAUUGGAGGAGGAGCAAUAAAUAAUAUAACGUGGGAAAAUGGCGCUUAAUCCAGACGUUGAUCAGCUGUCGAAGGGCAAUUUGGUGGUGAGAAUUGAUCAGAAUUCCGAGUCUGAUCUUCAGGCUCUCUUCGACAGUGUUUUGAAGCCGGAUUCAAAGCGUCCACUUCAGGUGCCACUUCGCAUGCGCAAUCUACCUGAUUCAUUUUUCAAUCCACCGUCAACCGGAAGUAAAAGCCCAUCUAUAUCGCAUUCACGUGAAAAUUCAGCGGACUCGGCAUUUGGUACGAUAAUAAGCAACAGUGGUCCUGGUAAUACAACACCGAGUGGUAAUAGUAAUGGCAAUAGUACAGCUAAUCAGACUAGUGUACCAGCAGGACUCACUGUUGCACAUCCAAGGGCCCACAGUAGUCCAGCAUCGUUGCAGCAGACUUAUGCUGCUGCACAACAGGCAACCCAGCAUGCACCACAGCCUCAUGCGAGACAUGUGCAUCAUCAGAAGCAGAGGAGUUACGAUGUUAUUAGCACUGUUGAUGAUUUGGGACCACUGCCACAUGGAUGGGAGCAGGCACGCACACCUGAGGGACAGGUUUAUUUUCUCAAUCACUUGACACGAACGACAACAUGGGAGGAUCCGCGUAAGACAGCAGCGGCGGCCAAUGUAACGACAAUAGCAGCGGCUGAGAAUGGCAAAUCACCAACUGGAGCUGGUGCAAAUGCCCUUGGUCCACUCCCCGAGGGUUGGGAACAGGCACGCACACCCGAGGGUGAGAUUUACUUCAUCAAUCAUCAGACACGAACGACGUCUUGGUUCGAUCCGAGAAUUCCAACGCAUCUUCAGAGAGCACCAACAUCCGGUGCCAUGUUACCCACAAACUGGAUUCAACCACCUGGUGCCACUGGUCUACAGAGCAAUCAAACUAUUCAGGUGUGUCAACAGAAAUUGCGACUUCAGUCGUUGCAAAUGGAACGAGAGCGGCUCAAGCAGAGGCAAGCUGAGAUUAUGAGACAGCAAGAAUUGGUGUUGAGACAAAGCAACACAGAUGCCUCGAUGGAUCCAUUUUUGUCCGGUAUGAGUGAACAACACGCACGUCAGGAGAGUGCUGACUCUGGUCUCGGUCUCGGCUCGGCUUAUUCACUCCCACAUACGCCUGAGGAUUUUUUGUCGAAUAUUGAUGACAACAUGGAUGCCACGAGUGAUGGUGGGGCACCUAUGGAAACUCCAGAUAUAUCAACUCUGAGCGAUAACAUCGAUUCUACCGAUGAUCUCGUGCCUACCCUGCAGUAAUUCUAAUUUGUCCCAGUUUAGUGAAGAACUAUCGAGUGAUAUCCUGGACGACGUGCAAUCCCUGAUAAAUCCGAGCAGCACGAAACCGGAGAACGUCCUGACGUGGCUGUAGUACGAGCCCAAUGGUCCAACAAUUCGAUCCCAUCCCACUCGAGUUAAGUGGCAUCGACACUGAAUGCCUUUUCCACAAGUUGAAGCAUGCAAUUCAAACAAGACAGCAUAAAUUCCCAUUCAAUUCGUAUUAAGCCUCGAAAGAAAUCGAAAUAAUUACCAAGUGCCUUAAAAAAAUAAUGAAAACAAUGAUCGAGAGAACGAAAUUUUUUCUACAAAACGUGAUCCAUAUAUUUUAGAACUUCUCUUCGAGGGUGUAAAUAAUCAUCUCAUAUGACAAUAAUAAAUGUAAAGAGUCCGAGACACGUUGAAAAAAAAAUCCACAAAUUUAUAAUCAAUAAAUCAUAGUCGAACGAUGAACAUAUAGUAUUGAAGUGUAGCUCAAGUCUGGUAUCAUGACGUAUCAGAUUAAUCGUUCAUGGACUCACGAGUCACGUUGAAUCGAAUGUGCAAUUAAUAAUCAAUGUUACAAGACAGUAAAAUCAUGAGCCAGGUGAGUGGAGUAAGAGUUAAUGAUUAAUAAGGUAAAAAAAAUUAAAUUGAAGUGAUGAAAGACAGGCAGAAUAAAGAGAUGCCUUGAUUAAGCGCCUUUUGAUUAAAACUCAGUGAUGAUAGUCAUCAUUUUUUAAACAAUAAGCAGUAACCGUCCAUAAGAACCAUUUAAUGCUAACGAAAAUAACGUCUUUAUUUGUUUUACAUAAACGACGUUGAAUUGAAUAAGAAACUCGAGCAUUUUUUUUCUCUUUUUUUCGUCUGAAGCGUCGAGUGAACGUACGAAAUAAAUAGUAAAUAUAUCCAUACAAAUAUUAUAUUUUUUUUAUAUAUAAAGUCUAUAAUUGUUACGAGUUAGUUAUACAAAAUGCCUUGUUAGAUUGUAAUGUUUCGAUACAUUUUAUAUGACAUGAAAUAAUUAUUUCUCUCGCUAUUGGAGACGUGGACAAUUGAAUAGUUGAAAUUUUUGCCUAGUGAGGCAAUGAAAGUUGAAGUAAUUAAUGGAAUUGUCUGCUGCUCUUGUCUCCAUUAUUGUCAUUGCAUUGGUGAACACGAUAAAAUUUGUUAAUUUACAUCGAUGCAGAUGACAUUAAAAUUCUUCACGUCAAUGAAAUGAAUGAAAAUCGAUGAAAUUGUUAUGAAAAAUUGACAGCAUCUAUUUUAUUUGCUUCACUCGACAGAAUCGACGAGAAUUUUUGUAUGUUAAGUUGGCAGCUCAUUGAAAGCAGUAAGAAGAAACGAGUGAUCAAUCGAGGAUUUGUUCUCUUCUUGAAUAAUAAUUUGCUCGUUUCUUUUUGUUGAUUAGAGACUAACGAUUAAGUGUACUGUAAAAUUAACUUUGCAAUAGGCUCUCACCUCUUUUCGGUAGACAUUGAUAAUGAAAAGUUGGUAGAGAUGCGUGAAAAUAAUGUGCCCUUACACGAGCGAUACGAAGUUUUUUUUAUACUUCUAUUGAUAACUAAAUCUUCGUUAUCUAUGACGUGCCUUAUUAUUGCUGUAGACCAUUAACUGUAUGUUAUAUUUAUGUUGUUACUCACGAGAUUGAUUAUGUGGAAAUAUUUCAUCGAAAAUUUAUGUGUUUAUUCGAAUUAAAUUACAGGUACUCGAUGAAUUUGGUCGAGUUCUGUAAUUUUUUCUUUUUUUUCUUCACUUUCGAUAUUAAUUCGUUGGAUUUUGUGUAAUGUAUUGCUUCAAUUAUAUGUUCGAUUGUUUAUCAUUA